AUGGCCGUGGCAACACCGAUACCAUACGAGCUCUAUUCAGAUGCACCGGGCGUCCUGUUCAACAAGCCGGAAUGGGAGGCGGCUAAUGCGGCACAUCCCACUGACUUUGACUUUGGCUCCGUGCCGAAAGGGUGGCCAACUGAGCUGAAGGGCCCUCAGGUCUGGACAGGUUCCUAUCUGAACCAAAAUCCGGACCUGUUCAUACGCAAGAUUACUUUAGCAGAGAUAGCCGAGGUCGAUGCUGCCAUUCAAUCAUGGAAGCAGCUCGACCUUCCUCUAUCCGAUCUCCAUCGAGAACGUUUCCACCUUCCCAACUUCGGCCGCGUGUUGGAAGAGCUAGCACAAAACAUAUACAACGGAGUAGGAGUUCAGGUGCUUCGAGGAUUCCCUGUCCAGUCAUACAGCAAGGAAGACCAGAUCAUAGCAUUCAUUGGCAUCAACUCAUGGACUGGGAAUGAGAGGCUCAACCAAGGUGCUGACAGAGGUCUAUGCCACAUAAAGAGCAUAAGUCAUAUUGAUCCGCAUAAUCGCGGAAAGAUUUAUGUUUCUGCGCAGGAUACAAACGCGCAGAUGUAUCACAGCGACGCUGGUGGCGAUGUUGUCAGUCUCAUGGCGGUCAGCCUAUCUGGGACAGGAGGCGCAUCGACAGUGGCAAGCUCCUGGCAGGUGUAUAAUCAUCUCGCCAAGCACAGACCGGAUAUCCUCAGGAUACUAGCUGAGAGAAAGUUCCGUUGGCAGGCCAACGGUAUACCCCACGAAGGAGUCAACCUCAUUCAUCACAAUGGCGGAAAACUGUUCCUCAACUUUUCUACACGAACAUUCACUGGUUACGGAGAGAUACCCGAUAGGGAUUUCCGGUACCCUGCCCUGACAUUUGAGGAACGAGAGGCGUUCGGUGGUUGGCAGUGGGUCGCAGACCAAUACAGCCUAGAGACUGAGCUCCAGCCUGGUGACAUUGAAUGGGUGAAUAAUCUGUAUCUUCAGCAUGCUCGAAGAGGCUUUACGGAAGACGUUUCUCAACCACGCCACUUGCUUCGUGUCUGGUUGCGCAACUCUGAGCUGUCGCCCACCAAUCUACCUCUUGACAUCCGGCGAAAAUUCGACGCCAUGUUUGGCCAGCACCCCAAGUUUUACCCCUUGGACGAGAUCGAAGAAGACGCAAAGCGACGGGCAACGGGGGUGUUCACCGGCUCCUGCAAAACUGAAGACGCCAAAGAAAGACUAGCGAAGAGUCGCUAA